AUGACUAUGACUGUUAUAACAGAGAACAGGCAUCAGUAUAAUCUGCUCUCAGACAGCAGCAGAGGAGCAGGAGGAAAAUACACUCACAGCAACACACAGCAGCUGUGGGUCACUGGUGUUUCUCCUCCAGUCUCUCUGAUCGUCAGUCCCAGCAGAACUCAACACUUCACAUCUGUCUCUCUCUCUCUGAGCUGUGAGGACCAGAGCAACUCUACUGGAUGGAGAGUGAGAAGAUACACAGACAGUGGACGGCUGGAAGAUUGUUCUUCAUUACGUCGAGGAUCACAAACAGGAUCUACAUGUACAAUCAGACCCACCAAUGCAUCACACACUGGAGUGUACUGGUGUCAGUCUGAAUCUGGACAGAAACAUCAUCCUGUUAAUAUCACUGUACACUCUGGUGUGAUUCUGGAGAGUCCUGUUCAUCCUGUGACUGAAGGAGAUCAUCUGACUCUACGCUGUUUAUAUCGACACACAACCGCUCCAAACCUCAGAGCUGAUUUCUAUAAAGAUGGAUCACUCAUCCAGAAUCAAACUACAGAGAUGAACAUCACUACUGUCUCAAAGUCACAUGAGGGUUUCUACUCCUGCAAACACCCAGAGAGAGGAGCGUCACCCAAGAGCUGGAUCUCAGUCAGACGUGUCUCAAAUGAACACUGCUUGUUUGAUUCAGAAUCUCAGAUGUCUGUCCUCAACAUACUCAGUUCUGUACUGGCAGCUUGUCCAUAUCUGCUAGUGACAGUCGUGCUGAUUUACAGAUGCUGCAGAAUGAGAGUUGCAUCUGUUGAAGAGGAAACUUCGGUCUGAUAAUGAUUAAUCUGUUGCAACGCAUCUCCUGGAGUGCUCAUGACAGCCACCAGAGGGCACUCCUCCUGGAUCAUUGUUUAUUGCUCGUGGACUUUCAUUGCCUUCUGCUGUUUGUAAUUUACUCAUUUAGCUCUGCAUAUAAUACACCGUGUUCUCUUAUCUUUGUUGCUGAAGUAUUGUUUUGUCACGCUGGUCUUCUGUGUUUUUGCUGGAUCCUGGAUCUCCUUGCUUUGUGUGGAUUAUUGUUGUUUGUAUUAUUAUUAUUAUUAAAGCUGAUCUUUGAUGGAUCAUCUUUUACAAAGUUUUCAGUGUGAUUCUGUGACAAUUUGUCCUUAAUUUUAUUGUUUUUAUUUGGCAGCCGCUUCUGCGAGUCAUUGACCUUUUUUU